GACUCUGACUCUUCAAGCCUCUCAUCGGCACCGCCGACCGACGACGAGAAGCCUCUCGCCCCCAUCUUCACAAAAAUGGCAAAGGGAAAGAAGGCUGCACCCAGAAAGAAGAAGGCCCCGGUCACUCCUCCGACUCCACCAUCACCGCCGCGACCCAAGCGAUCUCCCUCCCCACCUCAUGAAGAGUCCCUGGCCGACAAUCCCGAUGUUGCCUUCCUUGUCAUGUUCCGAUCCCGUUUCAGCCAUGCAUUCUCGUCCAAACUACCCCAUUUUGGUCCCCAAGAUAUUGAGAAGGGUGUCGCCGAAUCUCCUCCCUCGCAGCAAAUCGAAGAGCUGAUGUGCGCCAUGCUCGCACUUGUUCUGAACCGCAAGAAGCCUGUCGAACGAGGCCACCACGGUCGCGCAAUGGAAGAAGCUCUGUCAACUCAGAAACAUCAAUGGCCGCUGUCAUGGAACCGCGUCAAUCCUCUUGCAGGCAGCAGAACCUUCCCAGACAUGUCCCCUGCCGAACGGUUGAAUCUCCUCCGCACUCUCGCAAUCUGGUCGCUCACGUCAUCCGAGAUUGUCUCACAAACAAUCAAAGACUCAUACAAGAUUUCACGCCGCGACGAUGAUAUCAACCAAGCGCUGUCCGUCCAGCAUUGGGGCUUUGAUGGUGACAAGAGGAAGUACUAUCUGAUCGAGGGCCAAGAGGAUACCACUUUCCGUGUAUAUCGCGAAGCCAAUCGUCUCAGCCAACACCCUCAAUGGUGGAGUGUUGCAGAGACUAUCGACGAGGUCAACGCACUAGUCGAGAAGCUGGAGACCAAGGAUACCACUCAAGCUGCUCGUCGCUUGGCCGACAAGAUGAAGGCUGCUGUGCCACGGUUCGAGGCAUCCGAGGAGAAACGCAGACGCCGUGAAUAUCGCCAAGCGCGCAAGGCGCAAUUCACCAAGCCUGACCUCGGUUUCUCGCUUUACGAAGGUCGCACUCGUGGCAAGCGCAUACGUUACACCUACUCGGACAACGAAGACGAGUCAGACGCCACAGGCUCACGCCGCUCCGCAAGAUAUUCUGGGCAUUCCACCCCCGCCGAUUCGGGCCCAGUCGUGACUGCUAGCGGCCGUCAAGUCCGACCUGCUAGAACCGGUAUAUACGGCGAGUCGCUACUCAGCGGACAGGCCGAGACACCCGACUACGCCGCUUCAGAGACAUCGCGCACUUCUGGAAGAGCGACAAGAAACAGCACUCGUCUUUCACCCCUGCACGAGGACCGUAAGAGAAAGUCAAGAGGAUACAAUUCUGUGGACGACGAAAGCGACGAGGAAGAUGCGCCUUCUAGCGGAAACGAAUGGGAUGGAGGUGAUGACGACGAUAACGACGAGGACGAUAUCGACAUGGCCGACGGAGAAGACGAGGACGAUAUGGAUCUGGACCAGGAUGUGAAGAGAAGCCUUGUCGUCAAGCUCAGGGUG